UAUAGCAAAAACUCUGUUUCAUUUCUCGUCUGAAACCUUUCCUGCUCCAAAAAGAAACUAGUCCUUGUUUGCCUGGAUGGCUGGACAUGACAGCACGGCCCGCUCAAGACACUACACGUGUGCUCAAACUUCAACCUCAAUCAUGAUUAUUGCUUUUCCAUCUUAACUUAGAAUUUAAUUCGUCAGCUUAACGCUUAAUUAAUUUCUACUAAUCAGAUUUAUCUACACGGUUAAUAUUCCUCUCUUGUACCCCCUCUCUCACACCUUUGUUAUCUUCUUCCUUUUACCACUUGUUUUGGCUACCCGUUCAACUUCUUUCAUCCUCCUCUUCUUCACUCAAAAAAGCUUUAAUCUUUCUCAGCCUUGGUGAUUGCUUCUGUAUACUGCUCUGCAAAACCAAAGUAUUGGUGCCUUGGUGGCUUGAAAUGUCUUCAGAAGAAAUGGAUGCUGAAAAAAUGAGGCAAGAUAUACUUCAACUAUUCUUCAAGCUCACAAGAGACUUCUCAGAGUCUGAAUCUCAAAGGAAGGAUCUUAAGGAAAAGCUUGAGCAGAGUGAAGCUGAAAAGAAAAAGGUUAAGAAACAGCUCGAGCAAAGUGAGGCUCAAAAGAACCAUCUCAAGAAAGAGCUUGAGCGGACUGAAGCUGAGAAGGAUGGGCUCAAGAAGAAUCUUGAGCUGACUGAAGCUCAAAUGAAAGUGCAGCUCAAAGUUCUAGAGCAGCAUGAGAUGCAACUGCAACAGCUGAAUGAUGGGGCUGGCCUAGAGAAAAAGAAGGCGAAUGCAUUGGUGUCGUGGUUAGCAGAAGAGUACAAGAAAUGUCUGGAGGAGAAUGAAAAAUUUCACUGGAUAAACAUCGAGUUGGAGAAGCAGCUUGAUGCAAAGAAGAAGCGCAUAGUUGAAUUGAAGGUUAGCACUAAUUAUUUUCGAGCACAGUUGAGGAAAAUGGAAGAGGAAUUGGCAGAUCGUGAAGCAUUCAACCUCAUGCCUCUUGUCAAAACAGAUGAAGUGAAUGUGGAACUGCAGAUUGUGAAGCAUUCAACCUCAUGCCUCUUGUCAAAACAAAUGAAGUGAAUGAGGAACUGCAGGAUCUAUAGGAGGUUUGUAUUGUUCUCUUGUAGGAAUAUGCAUAAAAGAGGUGAGCAUAUAUAAGAAUAAAAAUUUGAGCCAUUGAAUUGCCAAACACGUUUAAGAUUCAAGUCUUGGCAAUCCAAUGGCUCAAAUUUUUAUGUUUAUGCAUGCUCACUCUUUUAUGCUUACAAGAGAGUUUCUCUAUCCCUUUUGUUAAGAUGAUUAGUAGAUGACUAGCACUUUUGUUAUUUUGCACUAUUGAAAAAGAUAUGGUGGCAGUGCGCUUUCAUAGUAGUAAUGCUAGUUGAAUCAUUGUAAUUUUGCAUUUUAUGGAUAUGAUUUGUAAUUUUGUACCACCAUAACUAUGAACGCCAACUUUGAUGUCUAAUUGAAGG